AUGACAAUUGAAGGAGAAACUGCUGUUAUCAAACAAGCAACCAAUGCCAAUGAAAAUGUCAUUGCAAAUGCCAGUACCAAUGUCAAUCUCAAUGGCAAUGGCAAUGGCAAUGAAAAUCUCAAGAAAAAUAGAAUUCAGGUGUCCAAUACCAAAAAACCACUAUUCUUCUAUGUCAAUCUUGCUAAGAGGUACCUACAACAGCAUAAAGAGAUUGAGCUUUCAGCCUUGGGCAUGGCCAUCACAACAGUUGUGACGAUAUCUGAGAUUCUAAAAAAUAAUGGAUUUGUUAACGAGAAGAGUAUCUUGACCUCAACGGUUGGAACAAAGGAUGUAGCUAAGGGUCGCACUGUUCAGAAAGCUAGGAUCGAAAUUGUGCUGGAGAAGUCUGAGAAGUUCGAUAGCCUAAUGAGUGCGUCACAAAAUGCAAACGCAAAUGGAAAUGGAAAAGUUGAAAACAAGCAGUGA